AUCACGACAGGGCGGAAAGAGAUGUUUAAUUCUUCUUGAACUUCCGGUCAGUGCUGAUGUGAGUGAGGUGGAAGAUGCAGGAGAGUGAUGGAGAGGUGGAGCGCACUGUGUUUGUCUUCAACCUGAGCAGCAGUGUGAGGGAGGAGAUCUUAUAUGAGCUCUUCCUGCAGGCAGGACCGGUGCAGAAAGUCGUUAUUCCCAAAGAUCGAGACGGAAAUCAGAAAUCUUAUGGCUUUGUUUACUAUAAACACCCUGAGGCAGUUCCCUACGCCAUCGCCCUAUUGGACGGGAUCUGGCUGUAUGGCUGUCCGAUCACACUGAGGCAUCAUUAUGCUCACACACUCACAGCUCAGGAGGAUCACACCUGGGGAGAUGGAACGUCCGGUUUGUCCAUCGGUCCCUUCUCUCCUACUGUGGGUCCCUACUUCCCUCCUCUAAUGCCAUGGGCAUGGCCAAAUGUUGGGUUUGUUUCUUGGGCUUCCUGUUCGGACGCUCUGACCCAGGCGUCGGACUGUACCAACUCAGAGGAGAGGGGAGCGGAGCAAAACAUGGAGCAGCAGAAUCCUGGUGAAGGCAGAAGAAGCCACGAGAGGAGAAACAGACCGAGGAAAAAAUACAGAAGUUAAUUUAAAAAGUUUAUACACAGCUGCAAAACUUUGUGUGUGUGUUUUCUUUAUCAGGAGAUGUGGGUGUGUGUUCUCAUUAAGACUUUAUCAGGAUCAUUACAAAACAUUUAUGAGUAUAAUAAUAAUGAUGAUGAUGAUGAUGAUCAGAGGAAGAGUCCUGGCUCUGGUUUAGUGAGGUGAAUGAACACAUCCUUCGUAUCUGUGGAACUGAAGUGCCCUUAGAAGUCAGCUGACUUUCCUAAUGUGACAGACUUACUGGAGUAUAAAAUAAAAGGAUUUACAGAUUCCUUAUUAGUUUCAUUUAUUUCUCUUUAUUUAUUUAUUUAUUUGCUUAAUGAUCGCUUCUUCCUUGUACUUCAGAAGAUUGUGUGUGUGUGUGUG